AUGGCUGGCGCUUAUGAUACCGAACAACAAAGAAUGAUUGAUAGAAUUAAAUGCAUUACUUUCCGAGAAGCUCGUGAUGCUGGUGCAACAUUUAUAAAUAGACAAUGGAUUGCCGACAAAAUUCACCGUACGACUCGAUUUGUUACAGAAUGGUGGGAAAAAUCGUGUGACCAAUGUUUUGCUGAUUAUUCGAAUGCUGGUCCUAAACUCAAGUUAUCGAGAGCUGCUCAGGACAUUAUUCGUGAAGCAAGUGGUCACCAACGGAAAAGCGGUUCUGUCGUGGCGAAAGAGAUUGCAAAGAAACAAAAAGAAUAUGUUACUCGACAAACAGUUAAUAACUACCGUCGUAGGGAAGGAUUAAAGCCUUUUCAUGUUAUUUCAAGACCGUUAAAAUCUGAAACUCAUAUAUCAGAUCGAUUAUGGCUCUGUGAUUGGUUGAAAGAUUGGACUGAAGAAGAUUUUCUUCAUCUGGCACCAUCAGAUGAAUUUUAUGUUUGGACAGUUCGCAAACCAAAUUAUCAAAAUGAUAGGAUUUGGGCAAAAAGUGUUGAAGAUAUUGAAGACGAUGAAAGGUAUCGCGAAAUGGUUAAAAACCAAGCGUGUAUCGCUGAACAUGGUGCAACGUCAUUGCCAGUUGAACAUCGGCAUCUUAUCGAUACUCUGCUUGAUCGUCCAACAGUUGAUGGACGGUAUACGGCUGCAAUUCCGUCUCAACCAGUUUUAUUAGAAAUCGAUAAAACAGAUCUAGAUUAUUUUAAUAAAUUACUUGUCGAAUCUAAAUCAAAGACGAAUGUUAUUAAUUUAGAAUCAUCUUCUACACGUAAACGUGAUACUGAGUGGAUUAGAUUAUUUGAAAAAUAUAUCUCAAAAGUAAAUGAUAGUUGUGUAUUUAUGUAUCAAGACCAUCAUUUUUCCACUGCGAAAUCUAAUAAACCACCAACUAAUAAACAAUUUAUCAUCAGUGCUGAUGCUAAAUGUAAAUUUUCAGCGUGUACAUGUUCCUUCCAUGCUGUUGUACUGAGUAAUGGUGAACUCAUAAUAAAUUUUAAGGGACAUAUAGUUCAUAGUCCAUCAGAACAAAGAGCUCGUCCGAUUCGUGGAAUUUAUCGUCGUUCUAUAGCAGAAACUUUAAUAAAUUGA